ACUCACUUUUAAAUUUUAAGCGUCUCCCCGUCCCCUCGGUUUUCCUCUCUCCUCCUCACACACAUUCUCUCUCCUAUCUCAUCAGAAGGGGAAAAAACCCUAAAAGGCCUGUUUACCCCCAGGAGUAAGUUCUCUCUCAUAGACGUACAAUAUUUUAUAUGUGCUUCUCUUUCUCCUCUCUCUUUCUUCCAGUAUUCUAGUAUUUAUAUUCCCUUUAGUGUAUUUAUUUAUUUAUUUAUUUUUUUGCAUUGAUUUAUUUUGUGAUUUAAUGCUUCAGUUAUGAUGCCUGCGGAUCUGUUUUAUUUUCAUCAUUUUGGUUCAGAUCUAUAUUAGAACUGGUGAAGAUUGAAUUUUUACAUUGGAAUCUUCAUUUCUGAGUAUUUUGAGAUAAAAAGUAUUUAUUUUGAUUAUUUUCACUGGUUUUUCGUGAUUGUUGUGGAUCUGUUUGAUUAUCCUUUGAUUUGUUGGAUUAUCAUCUUGAACUUGCGUUAAAUCACCCUCUUGUAAAUUUUCUUAUUGUUUUAAAUCACAUUGAUGUUUCAGUUUGUGGAUGUUUUGUCGGUGGUUAUAAUCUCAGGCUUGUCAGUUUUGAGGAUUAUUAUCCGAUUUGCUAUGUGAAUUAUCUGAGUCGUUCUGGAGAUUCGCUUGAAAUUGUGGGUUCUUGGUUGCUUUACUCUAGUUGUUUGAUCAGUUUUUCAGAAUUUGGGUCUCUUGGUGCUUUGAUCUACUUGAAUUCUAUUCUUUGGCUGAUUGUUCAUGCUCCAUUGUUUCGUUGCUUUGGUAGCUUACUCAUGCUGAUUGAAAUGCUUAUAUUUUUAUCUGGAAUUAGGUCGAAGAUUUAAUGAAUGUUUUCUAUGCUUGUUCUGUAUUUUUUGUUUUUGUUUUUUUGGAUCUACAGUUUUUUAUGGACGACGACGCAUUAAGCAUGAGGAAUUGGGGUUAUUAUGAGCCACCUCCGCUUAGAGGGCAUCUUGGUCUUCAGCUGAUGCCGUCUGUAACAGAGCGAGACACUAAAUCCUUCCUCUCUGGAUGCAGUAAUCCUGUUAUGGUUGCUGCCAAUGGGGCCUUCCGUCCCCGGGAUUGUGUGGUUACUGAACCACCAGUCACACAAAUGGACUAUGUCAGAGAUAGUUGGAUAAAUCACAGAGAUAAAUUCUUGCAUAUGUUUCCUGGGAACCCUUACAAUCCGGUUCUUGCAGAACCAUCUGGAAGUCAUAGUUCUAUGCAGAUUUUAAACCAACCUGAUACAACUGAUGAUACCAAGGUGACGGUUGAAGAGCCAAGUAUUGAAACUGAAGUUGUCCCUGCCAAAAAGAGGUCAGCUGCUGCAGUUUUAAAGCCUUCAAAAUCAAAGAAGUCCAGAAAAGUUGUAUCUGUGCCAAAGGAAAAUGGUAAUUCCUCUGUUAACCGUGCAAAAACAAUAAAGAAGAAUAUAGAUUUUGUAAUAAAUGGAAUUGAUAUGGAUAUAUCUGGUAUUCCAAUUCCUGUGUGCUCUUGUACUGGUGCUCCACAACAGUGUUAUCGAUGGGGGUGUGGUGGUUGGCAGUCAGCUUGUUGCACCACAACUAUAUCUAUGUAUCCAUUGCCAAUGAGUAACAAAAGACGUGGAGCAAGAAUUGCUGGACGAAAAAUGAGCCAGGGUGCUUUCAAGAAGGUUUUGGAGAAACUUGCUUCAGAAGAUUAUAAUUUCACUAACCCAAUUGAUCUGAAGACUUACUGGGCUAAACAUGGCACCAACAAGUUUGUGACAAUAAGAUAGAGUUAUGACAUUGGUACCUUAACUUGAUUUUCACCUAGUCUGAUCUGAUUCUCAUGUACAUAUUCUGCAGUCAUCGGCAGAGGAUCUCUCUGCAUUCAGCGAUACAUCUUUUAAACUAGAUUUUUGUGGUUCUCGAGAACCGUCGUUCAAUUCUUCAGUUUGCGUCAGAGGCUAGCAAUUUUUUUCUGGCCGUAAAGAUUUGGAUUAUGAAUGAUUUAUUUCAUUUGAUUUAAUGUAUGAAUUUUGGGAUAUUUCUUUUCAUCCAUUUUCAUUUAUCGUAUUGGAGACGGAGGUCACUUAAUGAUGAUGGUUGUGGCUCUUUAUGA